GGGGACGUGGCGCCGCCGCCGGCACGGGCCCUCCUUCCGGCUGGGCUGGAGGCUGUAGGAGCAGCUGUGGACACGGCGGAUCCGAGCGGUGCAGAGGGACCGGCGGGCCGCUCGAUCCCGCUGCAGACUUAGGAGAUGCCUGGGACAAGGAAUCCACCUUCUCAGGUCAAAAGAAAAAGGAGGUGACAGACCACUGAAGGGAACCCAUGGCUAGGAUCAGUUUUUCCUACCUCUGCCCAGCUUCCUGGUACUUCACUGUGCCCACAGUGAGCCCAUUUCUCCGUCAGCGGGUAGCAUUCCUGGGGCUCUUCUUCAUAUCCUGUCUCCUUUUACUUAUGUUAAUCAUGGACUUUCGACAUUGGGGUGCAUCAUUACCAAGAGAUAGGCAGUAUGAAAGGUAUUUGGCUCGGGUAGGAGAACUUGAAGCUACAGAUACUGAAGAUCCAAAUCUGAAUUAUGGACUUGUGGUGGACUGUGGUAGCAGUGGCUCCCGGAUUUUUGUUUAUUUCUGGCCAAGACAUAAUGGGAACCCCCAUGACUUGCUGGAUAUCAAACAGAUGAGAGACCGCAAUAGCCAACCUGUGGUUAAAAAAAUCAAGCCAGGAAUCUCUGCAAUGGCAGACACUCCAGAACAUGCCAGUGACUACCUUCGUCCUCUGCUGAGCUUUGCUGCUGCUCAUGUGCCUGUGACGAAGCACAAGGAGACCCCCCUUUACAUCCUCUGCACAGCAGGCAUGAGGCUUCUCCCUGAGAGGAAGCAGUUGGCUAUCUUGGCUGACUUAGUGAAAGAUUUACCACUGGAGUUUGACUUCCUCUUUUCGCAGUCUCAGGCGGAAGUGAUCUCUGGGAAACAGGAAGGUAUGGUCCUCAAGGAGUACAGCUGCGUCACUUCUCAGCCAGUCAUAGCCGAGGCUCUCCUGAUGGUGUUUAGGACUAGCUCAUCACCUCAGAUCUGGAAAUGUGGGGUUCUCUUCCUUUUCAACUUAAGUUUGGGUUUUUGUAACUGUUCUCUUAUUAUUUCAGAGUUAGAUGCUGAUGCUUCCCAGGAAUCAGCAGUAGGACGCAGAAGGACUGUAGGGAUACUAGAUAUGGGAGGAGCCUCUCUUCAAAUUGCUUAUGAAGUUCCUACCUCAACCUCUGUCCUUCCUCCAAAACAGGAAGAAGCUGCCAAGAUUCUGCUGGCUGAGUUCAACCUGGGCUGUGAUGUGCAACACACCGAACAUGUGUAUAGGGUUUAUGUCACAACCUUUCUGGGUUUUGGAGGCAACUUUGCCCGGCAGCGCUAUGAAGACCUAGUGCUGAAUGAAACUCUUAGCAAAAACAGGCUGCUUGGCCAGAAGACGGGCCUGAGUCCUGACAAUCCAUUUCUGGAUCCCUGCCUGCCUGUGGGACUCACUGACGUGGUGGAAAGAAAUAACCAGGUCCUACACAUCCGAGGAAAAGGAGACUGGGCCACUUGUGGGGCCAUGCUGAGCCCCCUGCUGGCUCGCUCCAACACCAGCAAAGCUUCCCUGAAUGGCAUUUACCAGUCACCAAUUGAUUUCAACAACAGCGAGUUCUACGGCUUCUCUGAAUUUUUUUACUGUACAGAGGAUGUGUUGCGCAUUGGUGGCCGCUACCAUGGGCCAACAUUUGCCAAGGCUGCUCAGGAUUACUGUGGCAUGGCUUGGUCAGUACUAACUCAGAGGUUCAAGAAUGGCCUCUUUUCUUCACAUGCAGAUGAGCAUCGACUCAAAUAUCAGUGUUUUAAGUCAGCUUGGAUGUACCAAGUCCUGCAUGAAGGAUUCCACUUUCCCUACGACUACUCAAACCUGAGGACAGCCCAGCUGGUGUAUGACCGAGAGGUUCAGUGGACGCUGGGAGCCAUUCUGUAUAAAACUCGAUUCUUACCACUCAGGGAUCUUCGCCAGGAAGGUGUCCGACAAACCCAUGGUAGCUGGUUCCGUCUCUCCUUUGUCUAUAAUCACUAUCUCUUCUUUGCCUGUAUCUUGGUGGUGCUACUGGCCAUCAUCCUGUACCUUCUACGACUCCGCCGAAUUCACCACCGACAAACUCGAGCCUCAGCUCCAUUGGACUUGCUGUGGAUUGAAGAGGUGGUGCCGAUGAUUGGGGUACAGGUGGGCCCAUGAGGAUGGACCAGGACUGGAGAAACUUGAGUACCCCAGAGUUGCUGCUCAUUGAAUUUCUUCACUUUUGUACUGGUCUCAGAUGCUGCUUUGACCUUGGAAUUUCUACUUUAAUUUCCAUUUUAAUUCCUUCUUAGUACCCAGGUCCUCUUCUCAGAGAGAAGUUGUUAUUUAGUCUGUGAGGAACUAAGUGACAAGACAUUGGUGCUAACAAGGGGACCAAGCAUGCUCUCAGAGGUCUGGUGUGUUCCUGGACCUAGCCAUUUUUCCCCUUGCUAAAGCAUGAAGUUUGGCAUUGGGCACACUGGAAGCCUGGUUGAAACCAAACUUGGAGCAUCUGAUACAAAGCUGGGGACAUUCUAGCAAGUGCAGCAGCCCCUUCUUUCUCUGUAACAGAGAUAUUGUUUAUGUGGAGAUCCACAACCUUUAAUAUGGAUCCAAGAUCUUUGCAAUUUAAUGGACCAGAUAUGAAUUUCCAGGCAACCAAAAUGAUACAACUUCCUUGCUUACUUGACAAAGAAGCCAUUGUGGAUAUGAUCCAAGAUUCCUGACAAUGUUGCUGAUGUUAGAAUAUGACUUUAAAGGGUUGGAACCUCUUCUAAAUGGAUGGCCCAUUGAAGAUUUUAUAAUAUUUUAUCUGAUGGCUGGUCUGACCAGGAUAGAAACUUUUUUUUCUCUUGUUCUUGUCUAUGUGCCUCACAGGCUGUUUGGGCAUUAAUUUUAUUUUUUGAGUCUUAAGUGUGUUUCUAAGAUGGAGAAACUAGUGGGGUAUGAGGACCUGAAUUUGACUGGUUUCAUGAAUCAUUGUCCCCUAGGUAUAUUUUUAUGUAUAGGGAGAAUUCAAGAGUUCCUUCAUUUUAUUACUCAGAUCAAUAUCUAGUUUGGGAAGGAAUAUAUUGAGGUUGUCAUCAUGUGAGUGGGCAAAGGCAAUAAACUCAAAGCUCUUACUAUUUUUUUUUUUGAAAAAUAAAAA